AGCUUCCAGCUGGCCCAGAGCCAAGGUCAGGCAGAAGGCCAGGGCGGCCCCGCCCCAGGGGCUGGCCCAGCCUCGGACAUUUCAUAAGGGCUCGUGAUUCAUAAACGACAGGGCAGCAAGGCAGAGCAGGGACGGCCAGGAGGAAGGGCAGCUUGGCAGGGCCUCAGGCACCCCUCGGUCCCUCAGUCCAGAGUGACCAACCUGCCGGGGACGCUAUCAGGAUGGACCCCUUCGCGGACACGCUGAGGCGGCUGCGGGAGGCGUUCAGCGCAGGGCGGACGCGGCCGGCCGAGUUCCGGGCGGCGCAGCUCAGGGGCCUGGGCCGCUUCCUGCAGGAACACAAGCAGCUUCUGCAGGAGGCGCUGGCGCAGGACCUGCACAAGCAGGAACAUAGCCAGCCUGCACCCGCCUCAGGGCCUUUGCACAUGCUGUGCCCUUUGCCUGGAAGAUUCUGCCUCCAGUCAGCCUUCGAGUCGGAAGUGUCUGAGAUCAGCAUCACCCAGAGUGAGAUCAACUUGGCCCUCAGGAAUCUGAGGGCCUGGAUGAAGGAUGAGAAAGUGCCCAAGAAUCUGGCCACGCAGCUGGACUCGGCCUUCAUCCGGAAGGAGCCCUUCGGCCUGGUGCUUGUCAUCGCCCCCUGGAACUACCCUGUGAACCUGACCCUCGUGCCCCUGGUGGGCGCCCUUGCCGCAGGGAACUGCGUGGUGCUGAAGCCAUCGGAGUUCAGCAGGAGCACCGAGAAGGUCCUGGCUGAGAUGCUGCCCCGAUACCUGGACCAGAGCUGCUUUGCCGUGGUGCUGGGCGGGCCCCAGGAGACGGGGCAGUUGCUGGAGCACAAGUUCGACUACAUCUUCUUCACGGGGAGCUCUCGGGUGGGCAGGAUCGUCAUGUCUGCCGCCGCCAAGCACCUGACGCCCGUCACGCUGGAGCUGGGGGGCAAGAACCCCUGCUACGUGGACGACAACUGUGACCCCCAGACCGUGGCGAACCGCCUGGCCUGGUUCCGCUACUUCAACACCGGCCAGACCUGCGCGGCCCCCGACUACGUCCUGUGCAGCCCUGACACGCAGGAGCGGCUGCUGCCCGCCCUGCAGAGCGCCAUCACCCGCUUCUACGGCGAGGACCCCCGGAGCUCCCCGAACCUGGGCCGCAUCAUCAGCGACAAGCACUUCCAGCGGCUCCGAGGCCUGCUGGGCUGUGGCCGCGUGGCCAUUGGCGGCCAGAGCGACGAGAGCGAGCGCUACAUCGCCCCCACGGUGCUGGUGGACGUGGAGGAGACGGAACCCGUGAUGCAGGAGGAGAUCUUCGGACCCAUCCUGCCCAUCGUGAACGUGAGGAGCCUGGACGAGGCCAUCGACUUCAUCAACCGUCGGGAGAAGCCCCUGGCCCUGUACGCCUUCUCCAACAACAAACAGGUGGUCAAGCGAGUGCUGGCCCAGACCAGCAGCGGGAGCUUCUGCGGGAACGAUGGCUUCAUGCACUUGACCCUCGACAGCCUGCCUUUUGGAGGAGUGGGUGCCAGUGGGAUGGGCAGCUACCACGGCAAGUUCUCCUUUGACACCUUCUCCCACCACCGCGCCUGCCUGCUGCGCUGCCCCGGGAUGGAGAAGAUCUACUCCAUCCGCUACCCGCCCUACUCACCUCGCAAGCUGAGGGUGCUGGUGAUGGCCAUGGAGGCCCGUGGCUGCAGCUGUACCUUGCUCUGAGCCCGCCUCAGGCACUGGGGUGUCCCUCCAACUCUCAUCUGAGUCCACCGCCCCUGCCACCUGAGGCUCCUGGAGAUGUGGCCUGGGCUCCACACACAAGGAGGAAAAGACCACAGCCCGGACCGGCCUGGCCCUCCUCCCUCCCGGGGCCUUCUCCUCCAGCCCUCAGCCUCCUCCCUUGGCUGCCCCCCAGCUAGGACGGGCCACGGUGAGGGAGCAUGGGAAACCAGGCAGUAACCUGCCCUCUCCCACCUCCGAUGUAGCCACCUGGGAGAGGCCGGCAGACAGGGAUGCCUCUGAGUCACCCCCCUUCCUGUGAAGGGUGCAGAAGGGGCCCUGGAGUCUGGUCCAGGCCACACCGCAGACCUGCAGUGGCCCAGGCCCCGGGCAAAAAAUCUUUGCCCUCCCUCCCUGAGUUUGUUUUUCUAUCUGCACAGUGGAGGUGAUGUCUUGGCACCUUUGGAGAUCGUCACGAGGAUUCGAUUUUGCAGUUUAAUAAAUGAAUUGUUGACCCCAA